AUGAUCACGUCUGAACAGGUGAACGUGUUCGCUCAUGAACGAUUUGAUUGGUCUGUCCGACGCCUCGAACGAGGGCAACCCGGUAAUUGCCCUGGUUGUGUUGGUCGCUGGACCAGCCUGUCAGGACAACCCACAGCGGCUGACCUAAUGCGCGAUUCGGAACCUCAAGCCAAGGGAAAGAUUCGGAAGCUUAAGCGGCGCCAAGCGACUAAAACUAACCGAGCUGCCUUAUCAACCCAACUGAAAACUACUCACAAGGUUGCUGAAAACCCAUCGACAGCUCACGACCGGUUUCACCCUUCUACUUUGGGCUCAUCAGACUUUCGACCAAUCAGCUCUCGUCUUGAUGCCGGACCGGCAAGCGUCCCGAAAUUUCGGGCAAUCUUGCGUGGGAUGGGCUUCUCGGCCGUAGCAGCACCUGACUGCGAGCGGCCGCCUCAUGUUUCAGUUGUUACGAUAUUCGAGAUAACGCAGUAUGGUUCCAUAAAGGAAACUACUCAUAAGGUUGCUGAAAAAUAUCCGAAGAACACCAUAAACGAGAGA